UUUUCACUUGCUUCUUGAACACAACUAAACAUACAAUGAAGCACAUUAUUGUGGCAUCACUGUUAUUAGCAGUCGCUUGCAUUGUUCAAGGAGGCGAGGCUGAUAAGAAAACGAAUGCAAAAAGAACAAUCAGCAGCGGAAUUAGUGGUGGGGGAUCUGAAAAAACCGUGGGCGCCAGCAUUUCCAUUGGUGGAGGCCAUCAGUCUGGGGGCGGCAAUGCCCUUGGAGGAGGUCAGCAAUUAGCAAGCAACGGUAUUGGAGGCGGUCACCAGUUAGGAGGUAGCAGCAUUUCGUAUGGAGGAAAUCAACAAAUUAAAGGUGGUAGCAUUUCUCAACUGGGAGGAAGUGAUAUUUCCAUCGGGCAUGGGUUACAAGCCGGUGGUAGUUCCCUUGGAGGAAGUCAACAACAAUUCAAAGGUGGCAGCAUUUCUCAACUGGGAGGUCAUCAGUUUAGCAGCAGCAUUCAGCUAGAAGGAGGGUUCCAACCCAUUAUCAGUGGUCACCAAUCUGGCGGAAGUGUUGCUUUGGGAGGAGGGUACGGUGGAAGUCAGGACAUUGGUAGUCAAUAUGGUUACGGAGGAGGAAUCGGCGGUGGCUCAGGAGGCGGUUUCGAAGGUGGCAUCGGAGGCGGCUUCGGAGGCGGCAUCGGAGGCGGCAUUGGAGGAGGUAUUGGAGGAGGCAUUGGAGGAGGUAUUGGAGGAGGCAUUGGAGGAGGCAUUGGAGCAGGCAUUGGAGGUGGUGCUACCGUCAGCACCGUAACCCGAACCGUUCAAGUUCCCGUACCACAACCUUACCCAGUCACAUUCACACGACAAGUGCCUGUACCUGUUGCACAACCUGUAGCUGUCCCAGUACCACGCCCAGUUCAGGUACCCGUACCAGUACCAAGACCUGUCGUUGUGCCAAGGCCUGUACCCGUAACAGUUACACGUCGAGUACCAUACCCAGUUCAAGUCCCAGUUCAAGUACCAUUUCCACAGCCCGUGGGUGUACCUGUUCCACAACCAGUUCCAGUUACUGUGCCACAACCUGUUCCAGUUCCAGUGCGUCAAACUAUUGUGGUUCCUGUACCACAGUAUGUCUCAGCCGGGGGUGGUAAUGGAGGAGCUGGAGCCGGUCUAGGCGGAGAUGGCAGCGGAAUUUCCGGCUUAGCUUUUGGCGGUGGAAAUGCUUACGGAGGUUCUCUUAGUUUGGGAGGAGGUUCCGGACAUGGGUCGAUCACCUUACAACCAAUUUCGGGUGCACAGUACGGUUCCAUAAGUAGUGGAGGAAAAUCUAUCGACCUGUCUGGAGGACAAUUAGGUUCAUAUGGAUCUCUACAAUCUAGUGGUGUAGAAGGAAAAUCAAUUGAUCUAUCUCGAAUUUCGUCAGGAGGUUACGGCAGUUCAGAAGGUUACGGUAAUUCAUUGCCUUUAUCUUCUGGAAGUGGUGGUAGUAAAUAUAUUUCCCUGUAUGGAGACGUAAGCUCCUCGUCAUCUGGCCUAGAAAAUGGUGGCGGCAAAUUAAUUCAACUCUCGGGCAUUUCAUCGGGUGGAUAUGGAGGUUAUUCGUCUUUAGGUUUGGAAGGCGCUGGAGGAAAGUCAAUUCAGUAUUCUAGUCUUUCAUCUGGAUCAUCUGGUUUGGAAAAUGGAGGAGGAAAAUCAUUCCAACUUGGUAUUUCAUCCGGUGGAUACGAAAGUGCGUCCGUAGGUCUGCAAAGUGGCCCAGCUAAAUCUAUCGAUCUGAGCGGAAUUUCCUCUGGAGCAAGUUCAAAAUACUAAACAACAAAAAUACUACCUGCUUGUCAUAACGUCAUCGUCACCCACUCACAAAUUUAAGCUGUGAUAACUCAUUUUAACUUUGUUAACGCUACCUUCUUUAUACUUGUAAAAAAUAACACAAAUAUAUUUUAUAUAAAAAUUAAA